AUGAUCGACAAGGGCUACACGGCGUCCAAGGGCGUCAAGGACAUGGUCUACCAGGUGCUGGGCCUGAAGAUGUUCAACAACACGCACGUGCUCCUGUCGCUCGGCGAGUCCGGGGGCACGUCCGGGCCCCGCGCGCUCUGGCACUGGCGCGCGGACGCGUACGUCACGCUCUGCGGCGGCAAGACGAACGACGCCCACGACAUCCAGUGGGCCUACGAGGAGGCGGCGGUGUGGCAGGUCGACGGCACGACGAAGGUCGAGGAGGCGUCCGCCGCGACGGGCCGGAUUCUGGACCACUUCGCGGAGGUCCGCGUGCAGGACCCGAACCACCUCCAGGCCACGGAGGAGGACACCAAGUUCUACAUCUCGUCGCGCCAGACCAACGCCAUCAUCAAGAUGAACGCCGACGGCGCCGUCGAGUGGACGCUCGGCGGCGAGUACGGCGACUACAAGAUCGAGGACUACGACGGGACCAUCUACCGGGCCGGCGAGGUCGUCUGGAGCGGCCAGCACAACGCCGAGUACUUCGGCGACGACGAGUUCUGCAUGUUCGACAACCAGGAGGAGACGAGCAAUCUGUACGCGCAGUCGCGGCUGCUGUGCGUGAAGCUCGUCGACGACGGCGACAGCAAGAAGGGCGUCGUGACCUUCUCCUACUUCAUGGGCGCCUACACGCCCCACUUCGGGGACAACGACCGCCUGCCGACGGGCAACCAGCUCGGCGUGCACUGGCCCUACUACGUCGAGACGGACGACGAGUACGACGUCCGCGCGGUCGAGGUCGAGCGCGACUCGGGCGACCUGGCCUGGGAGAUGAAGGUCCUGGGGCCCAAGUGCGACGCGGCGAAGCGCUGCGACCACGCCGAGGUCGGCUGGUACGCCUACUCCAUCGAGCGCGUCUACGGCGCGCCGCUCCUCUGGGACCUGGAGUGCUCCGACGCGACGCUCUCCUUCAAGACCGUGAACAACUUCAAGCAGAUGAACGAGUUCAAGGGCUACUACUCCGUCGCCGCCGCCGUGACGGGCGACGACGACGCCGCGUCCGUCGACGGCCACUUCGACUUCGCCGCGCACUGGCGCGAGACGGCCGUCGACGUCGACGUCCCGGCGAAGACGUCCCGCGUCCAGCUCACCGUCACGAACCAGUUCGGCGACGAGACCGCGGCCCACCCUGUGCCCGCGCCGUCGGGCGGCGCAGCCAUGCGGGUGGAGCCGCGGGGCGUCGCGCGGGUCCUCGCGUCCGCGGCCGUGAGCGCCGCGGUCGUCGCCCUGCUCUCGGCGCCGGCGGCGGGGCCCGGGGCCCUGCGCCUCGGCAGCAGCGCGGGCACGAGCGUCGCCACGCUCACCUACGGCGACUUUCUGGAGCUGGACGGCAUCAAGAAGUUCCUCGGCGACGAGGGCCUCGCGAACGCGUCGAGCUACGACGAGCUCAGCGACCUCGUGCCGCGGGAGAUCGUCACGCGCGUCACGCGGAACCGCGCCGAGGGCGUCGUCGGCGUCGCCGCGAGCCUCGGCUACGUCGCCUUUGGCCUGUCGCGGUCGAGCCCCCACGGCGGGACGACGGCGGCCUACGUGCUCGUCAUGGACUACCGGGGCGCGGUCGUCGCGCUGUCGCCGACGCUGGGCAAGGUCCUGCGCCAAAAGGGCUGGUCCGACGCCGACGAGCGCGAGCUCUACAAGCCCCUGGCCAUCAAGCCCUACAACUCGAGCGCGCUGCUCGUCGCGCUGUCGGCGAAGGCGGGCCUCAAGGGCCCGCGCGCGCUCUGGCACUGGAGGGCGAACACCUGGACGGUCCUGUGCGACGGCCGGGAGAACGACGCGCACGACGCGCAGUGGGCGUACUCCGGCGACGCGCUCUGGCAGGCCGACGGCUACACCGUGAUCAAAAAAUACGACGCGGCCACGGGCCGCGAGCUCGCCGAGUUCGCGGAGCACCGCGUCGAGGACCCGAACCACGUCCAGCUGAUCGAGGAGGACUCGCUCGCGUUCGUGUCUUCUCGGUCGACGAACGGCAUCGUCAAGGAGGACGCGGCCACGGGCGACGUCGUCUGGGUUUUAGGCGGCGAGCACGGCAAGUUCGACAUCGUCGACGAGCGCGGCCACAACCACACGGCGGGGUCGAACUACUUCCUCGGCCAGCACAACGCGGAGUACUUCGGCGACGACGAGUACUGCCUCUUCGACAACCAGAAGGGGUCCGCGAAGAGCUCGAGAUUGCUCUGUUUGAGGCUCAACGAGGCCGAGGGCGUCGCGACGGUGACGUUCAUCUACUCCCUCGGGAGCAAGACGCCCCACUUCGGCGACAACGACCGGCUGCCGACGGGCAACUUCCUCGGCCUGCACUGGCCCGACACGGUCGACUACGACGACCAGUUCGAGGUGCGGGUCAUCGAGGUGGAGAACGACGGCGACGUCGCCAUGGAGAUCAAGGUCGCCGGCGACCUGUGCCGGAACGCGACGGGCUGCUACCGCGACGACUACGGCUGGACGUCCUACUCGGCCGAGCGGUUUUACGACGCGCCCCUCGUCUACGAGACGACGUGCGGCCUCCACGCGGUGUCCUUCAAGACCGUCAGCAACUUCAAGCAGAACGACCUCGCGAACGGGACCUACGCGGUCCGCGUCAACGGCGACGAGCGCAAGAGCGGCGCGUUCAGCUUCAAGCCCCACUGGCGGCCCCAGGACGUCACCGUGGACGGCCUCGGCACGCUCGCCGCCAACGACGUCGUCAUCCUCCGCGUCGCGAACGCCUGGGGCGACGAGACGUCCACGACGCUCGACUGCGCGCCGGGGGCGUAA